GGUUAUGUAUAUUCCCCCAAGAGGAAGAAACGUUGCGAUCGGUUGAUGAACUGGGGGGGCGUUUUGACAGUCUCUCAAGACUUAGAAUAUGAAGAGGCGCAGGGUAGAGAGAAUAGUGCUUUUGGUUCAGAGAUGCAGAUGGAAAAGGAGAGGCAUGUUGGCGGAGCAGAUGAGGAGGUGGCCAGAGAGGAAGUUCUUGCAAGCCAAGAAAAACCCUCAGAAAUGCCUCUUCCGUCUCAAGCGACAGCUGAGAAAAAAUUGUAUUGGAUCACCGAAGAAGAUUCCACCAUGGUCUUAACUGUGGAAAUACAGGCCGAGCCCUCCCAGGGCUCUGGUGGCAGCACUGAGGAGGCCCACGAAGGAUUUGAAACACGUGGCUGCAGACCAUCGGGAGGGCCAGAGAGCAAAGUUGAUAUUCUCAGUGGCGCCUGGGCAGACUUUGAGCGUGAAUUCUCUGUGUAUGCUCCGGACAAAACGGACAAGACCUCUGAGAGGAGACUGUCAAAAGAGAUGGCUGUCAGCAAACAUGUGGAAUUUCAAGGGGUGGAAAUCCUUUGGAUACAAAAAGCUGAGGAGGAGAAGGGAACGAGACCCUUGGAAGUCGAUAGCGUAGAAAGGAGAAGUUUCUCCAGUAUACCAAAUGACCACACUUCAUCCGCAGCCUCACCCACGUUGGUUCGCUUGCCUGAGAGCUCUUGGAGUGGAUCGUGGGAGAGCUUUAGGCCUUUAGCUUCGCUGACUGAGGGUGGAGAGGAUGAAGUCUUCGUAGAAGAAGAGAAGCGCUGGGCUCGGUAUAGGAAAUCUGUGUUAGGGAAGGACAGGGUAACGGAGGAGGAAGAAGCGGGCAGUGGAAGAAUGGAAGAUGUCCUUGGGCAACAGAACUCCGAAGUCUCAACAGAUGUGUACAGCUCGCAGUUUGAAAGCAUUCUAGACAAUGCCUCUCUAUAUUAUAGCGCUGAGUCGCUGGAGACUUUAUAUUCCGAGCCCGAUAGCUACUUCAGCUUCGAAAUGCCUCUUACUCCAUUGAUCCAACAACGCAUUAAGGAGGACGCUCAGUUUGUAGAAAGGACUCCAGAAGGGGAGGCUGGGAAGGGCCAUUGUGGCGGGAUUUCCAAUGGAUUAGGAGAUAUGAAGGAGUCGGACAUCGCGGAGGCCUUUCACUUAGAAAGCAAUGUAAGACUGGAUGGCCCAACACCAUUAGAAGCCACCGGAGACAUGGGCAGCGAUGAUCUUUUGGAAAAAGAGGGGCAGGAACACUUGAGUCACGAUCUCGUCAACGGCACCACCGGCGGCAACAUUGAGGCAGCCCGGAGGCUGGCCAAACGCCUCUAUCAGCUGGACAGAUUCAAGCGGUCUGAUGUCGCAAAGCACUUGGGCAAAAAUAAUGAAUUCAGCAGACUUGUAGCCGAGGAGUACCUUAAGUUCUUUGAUUUCACAGGCAUGUCUUUGGAUCACUCCCUCAGGGCAUUCUUCAAAGCCUUUUCCCUUAUUGGAGAAACUCAGGAAAGAGAGAGAGUUCUAGUUCACUUCUCUAAUAGAUACUACCAAUGCAACCCAAAAGUCAUCUCCACAUCAGAUGGAGUCCACUGCCUCACGUGUGCAAUGAUGCUGCUCAACACGGACCUCCAUGGCCACAACAUUGGCAAAAAGAUGUCCUGCCAAGAAUUCAUUGCCAACCUUCAGGGAAUGAACGAAGGCCAAGAUUUCCCAAGGGAACUCUUGAAGGCUCUCUACAAUUCAAUCAAAAAUGAGAAGCUUGAAUGGGCAGUAGACGAUGAAGAAAAGAAAAAAUCCCCCUCCGAUGGUACUGACGAGAAGGACAAUGCAAACCAGUCAAAGGCCAUCAACCGCAUCGGCAAUUCUGGUAACCCAUUCCUUGACAUUCCUCAUGACCCAAAUGCUGCUGUGUAUAAAACGGGAUUCCUGGCACGUAAAAUCCAUGCCGAUAUGGACGGAAAGAAGACUCCACGUGGAAAAAGAGGCUGGAAAACCUUUUAUGCUGUGCUGAAGGGAACUGUGCUUUAUUUGCAAAAGGAUGAAUACAAACCAGAGAAGGCUUUAUCAGAGGAAGAUCUCAAAAAUGCAGUCAGUGUGCACCAUGCAUUAGCAUCAAAGGCAACAGAUUAUGAGAAGAAGCCGAAUGUCCUGAAGCUCAAGACGGCUGAUUGGAGAGUCCUGCUUUUUCAAGCCCAAAGCCCAGAAGAAAUGGAGUCAUGGAUCAGUAAGAUCAAUUGCGUGGCAGCUGUUUUUUCUGCCCCACCGUUUCCAGCUGCUAUAGGUUCCCAGAAGAAAUUUAGCCGCCCACUGUUACCUGCCACCACAACCAAAUUAUCUCAGGACGAUCAGCUAAAAUCACACGAAGCCAAACUGAAGCAGAUUUCCACCGAGCUGGCUGAGCAUCGCUCCUACCCGCCAGACAAAAAACUGAAAGGCAAAGAAGUCGAGGACUACAAACUGAAAGACCAUUAUCUGGACUUCGAGAAAACUCGCUAUGAAAUGUAUGUGUCCCUUCUCAAAGACGGAGGAGGAAAAGAGUUGCUGAGCUGUGGCGACAACGACGGCCCAGGACUGAAGAAAUGCCAUUCGAGUCCUUCAUUAAACCAGGAGUCUCCAGUUAGUGCCAAGGUGAAGCGUAAUGUCUCUGAGCGGAAGGACUAUAGACCCGAAACGCCAAGCGUCAAGCAGAAGGUGACUUAAGGCACCUGAGGCAGGCUAGAGGAAUAACAUAGCACUCCCUUUGCUCACCUGUCCAUUGCGAAAACAAACGAAAAUUAACACAUCUGCCUGAAUGGGGUGUUAGUGACAUUUUUCAAUUGUACAUUUUGUUGUUUCUGUACAGGUCGUUGGAGAUGUUUCAGCUUCUGAACUUGUGUUUGCCUAGUUAAUUUAUCAUAGAGCAAUUGAUCCAAUCCUUUUUAAAAAAUAAGGAAAAAAGGAGGGGAGACGAGGAGUGAGACGGGCAGAAAGUCCAACAUCGAUUUCUCUCGCUCUCUCUCCCCCAUCUUUUUCUCUUCUUCCUCUGGCUUGUAAUUUUCACCUCUCAAGUCAUCAGCUGCUUUCAGUAGCAAGGAGAGUCACAGGACUCAGCAAAUGGACUUUUUUGCUUUGUGAACAAGUUCUUGUGUCUGCCCAAGUGGCACUGACUGACUGCAAGAGACUAGGUAACAGAAUGCUGAUGCCAGGAACUGUAGACCUGACAGGUCUGCCAAGCCUGGUAACUCCAAGCGACGGCAGCCGUGUCGAUAGUUAGACUAUUAAAUCAGACCUUUAUUGUGAUCCCUUGAACCUGAGCUCCACAGGGAACUGAAAAGGGUGAACAUAAAGGACAAAAAAAUGAAGUAGCAGGGUUACUGUUGUGGGAUGUGGAAACAGAAGAAGGCCAACACCAUUUUCUCCUUUGGAGAUCACAAGCGGUUGCAGCCCAGGCUGGUCUUUAUUUUUCCGUUUCAUUGAUGUGUUAAGUCUGAACAAUUGACCGCUCUGUUUUUAUCAGCAACGUGACCUUGGGUCGGAUCCAGAGGUGCGUAACAGCACUUAAGCUAGCAAAACAGCACUUCCCUUGGCAGAACAGGAGAGAU